GCGGGGCCGGGCGGCCGCGCGGCGGCAGGAAGUGCCCGGUGCGGGGCUGCGAGGCGGCCGCCCCUGUCCCGGUUCAGCCCCCGGAGCCGCGAGCAGACCCCCGCCGCCUCCCUCUGCGCCCGGAGCCCCGCUGCCACGGCCGGCCCAGCAACCAUGGCCCAUUACAAGGCUGAACAGGACGACUGGCUGAUGGUCUACCUGAAGUAUUUACUCUUUGUCUUUAACUUCUUCUUCUGGGUGGGCGGCACCGCCGUGCUGGCUGUGGGCGUCUGGACCCUGGCGGAGAAGAGCGGCUACCUCAGCAUCCUGGCCUCCAGCACCUUCGCCGCUUCCGCCUACAUCCUCAUCUCUGCAGGCGCUCUGGUCAUGGUGACGGGCUUCCUGGGCUUCGGCGCUGUCGUCCGGGAGGACAGGAGCUGCCUCUCCACGUAUUUCUGCCUGUUGCUGGUGAUCUUCCUCGUUGAGCUGGUGGCAGGGGUCCUGGCCCACAUGUACUACCAGAGGCUGAGUGACGAGCUGAAGCAGCACUUGGCCUGGACGCUGGCUGAGAACUACGGGCAGCCAGGAGCCGCGGAGAUCACAAGCUCUGUGGACCGUCUGCAGCAGGAUUUCAAGUGCUGUGGAAGCAACAGCUCGGCCGACUGGCAGCACAGUGCCUACAUCCUGUCGAGGGAGGCCGAGGGCCGCCAGGUGCCCGACAGCUGCUGCAAGACUGUGGUGACUCACUGCGGCCAGCGGACCCACCCCUCCAACAUCUACAAGGUGGAGGGCGGCUGCAUCACCAAGCUGGAGCGGUUCCUGGCCGACCACCUGCUGCUCAUGGGGGCAGUGGGCCUCGGGGUGGCCUGUCUGCAGCCAAGGGUGAAUCAUGUGGUCACUCUCUUCCCCAGACACUAUGAAGGAAAUGCCCAAGGGCCUGGGGGACAACUUGAACUUGUAAGAGACCUGACAGGAGUAUGUGUGGGCUCAGCUGUCAGGAACAACACGUCCCUCGGGGCCAUCGUGGACAGCAGCAGCCCAGCACCCCUUCCUAGCCUGGACAGAACUGUCCACCUGGCCUGGCACCCUGCCCACUGGCUGUCAACAGAGAAGUCUGCUUCCUCCAGGCUGACAACCGGGCCCUCCUGGCAGAGGGGCCCAUCAUCUCAGAGGCCAAUGCCACCACCAAGAGAGGGCAAACCAGACCUGUGAUCAGAAUCCACAAGUGGCAUGGACUCUCGUGCCUAUGUGGAGAUGGCCAUCUGUGGGCAUAGGGGCUGGCAAGUGUCCAGCAUCUCCUGUCCCUGCCCCAUGUGGGGUCCCAGCGAACCUUGGGUUACAUGUGCCCACAGAGCCGCCCUGGGCAGCAGGGAGGCGUCCUGGGGUGGCGAGGCUGACCUGCUCUCUUUCCCUCCCUGUACUGUAGGGCUAAGGCUCUGGGUGGGCACCGUGUGAGCUGUCUUGGGUCUCACAGUGAGAAUGUCAUCAGGCCACUUACCCUGUGCACAGCCAUAGGCAUUUGGACCUGGAAGGGCCUGACACAGCCCCAGCGAGGUGGGGGGAAUGUGAUCCCCCCCACAGGACCCUCAUGCCCUGCAGCCAGUUUAGGGUCUAGAAUCUGCCCUUCCAGGUCACAUUCUGAAGGUGGCUUCAGGGGUUUGCAGCGGAGGAAGUGAACUGAGUCCCUUUCAUCACCAGCCCACCAUCAGCCUUGAAAAGGUGCUGUACUUAUGGGCCAUGUUGGGCCUGGGGAGAGACAGGGAGGAGGUGGGGAAGGCAGUGUGACUGGCUAAGGAGAAAACCCGGCCUCUGUGUCACCACUGGGUGGUGCCCAAUUUUGUAGAGGAUGCUGAUGAUGAUACCUAACAGAGCCUCUCAGUCUUGAACUGCAUCGGGUCAUCUGGAGGCUUCCCAACACAGACGCUGGAGCCGCCCCAGAGCUUCAUUUCCAAAGGGCAGGGCCAGCAACUUGGGUUUCUAGCAAGUUCCUGGUGCGACUGCUGCCGGCCCUGGAGCCACACUUCGAGAACCACUACCUGGGCCACGGCUCAAAGGAGGACCUUGGCCACCUUCCUUUGUACGUCACAACCCCAGGCCCCAGAGGCCCUCAUGAUGUCUAGCUGGAGCCCCACUCUGUUCUCUGUGACAGGGUGGGGUGGGUGUCACCGCAGCGGGCAGCCCCCAGCCAGCCCAGAGUGUGCCCCUCCUGUGGGGCCCCCUGGCAGUGCCUGCCCUGCCUGCUGAGAGACCUCUGCUCUUGGCUGGGAGGCCAGGGACACGGGUCCUCUACCUGGCAGGGGACACGUCACACUCACAGCCCCGUUGCCUCACCAGCUGUGUGCCUUGGGGGACCGCACUCCCUCUUCAUCCCCAUUUUCUAGGCCAGCACGUCCCCAGCCCUGCACUCCACCCCAGCCCCCAUGCCCCCACCCCCCUGCUCAAUGCACCUGAGGCGCCCACGCAGGUGCCCUAACGACCCCAGGUGGCCCGGGAUUAGUGAGGGCAGACAGACUCCUGGAACCAGCCGGCCAUGGCCAUUCUAGAGUGACAGCCUGCCCUUACCUACCGCAGAGGGAGAAACGGGUGCCUGUACCUGCCCCUCAGCCGGCUGCAGGGCAAGCCCAGCCUGUGUGCCAGCUGGCAGGAUAAUAAAGGAAUUGUGCCUCGGACCACCUGCCGCUGGUGUUUCUCCUCCUCAGGGGACUCUCAGGCCGCGGUUCAUCACAUGUGUUUCGCCCACUCUGCAUCAGAAGCAGACGCUAGUCACGGGCAGCAGGACAGACCGGGAGGCCCACAGCCACACUGACUCGGGCCGCUUACGCCUCUCUUGUUUGAACUGACCUGCUGCCUACGAGUGCUCUCGGCCCCUGGCUGCGGGCGAGGGCGGGGCUCAAGCCAGUAGGCCUGAGCUGUGCCCCUCCUAAAGCUCUCUGCCUUCGGUCCGCAAUUUCCCCACACCCCUCGUGGUGAUGCACAGCCAGCCUCUGCUAAGGAGCCUGCCCUUGCUUGUCCUGCCACGGACAUGGGCCUGUGCGGGCUGCGGCGGGUGCAGGGUGGGGAGAGGUGGGGAGCAGGGGGCCUCCCGGCUAGCCGUCAGGCUUCCAGCUGCACAUUUCAAGCUGAGACACACAC